AUGAUUCUUUUCAAACAAUCUGUGCUAAAAAAUAUUUCUAUAGGUAAUUCUAGCAUUCAAGAUUGGGCAAGUAGACUUCCAGUAAUACUCAGUUGUUAUGAAGCAAGAGAUAUAUUCGACACAGAUGAUACUGAUCUGUUUUAUCAGGCAAUACCUGAUCGUUCAUUCGUAUUGUCGAAAGAAGAUUGUAAAGGUGAAAAGAAGAGUAUGGAAAGACUUACAAUUCUUUUAACUAAACUUACGAUUCUGAAUACUUGUCGAGUUGCUGGCUUCGGAAAACCUACUUAUACGUCUUCUUCGAUGGAUACUAAUGAUGCUAUCACUGAACCUGAACUACAAUUAAUCAAUAAUGAUGAUCCACUACAACAACUUGAUAUUUUUAUUAGCUCAUAUUCGGAUUAA